AUGAAUAAUUUAUCAUCAUCAGAUAAUUUAACGUUGGCUCAAGAUGAAAUCGAUGAUAUGUGGCAUAAUAUUAAUAGAUCACCGUCAGAUCCUGUUACUUAUUGGAUAUCAAUUGCAAGUUUUAUAUUUGCUAUAUUUGGUUCAAUUAGUAAUUUAAUGUCGGUUAUUGUUUUACAUCGUUUAAGUAGUCAAUUAUCAACAUUUGUUUAUUUAACUGGUUUAUCUUUAUCAGAUAUGAUUACAUGUAUAUCAAUAAUGAUGAUACAAAUGAUUGAAUUUAUUGUUAAAACUUGUCGACAUACAUCAAUAAUGAUAUUUUUACGAUAUAUUGAAAUAAUAUUUGGUGGAUUAGCUGCUGGUAGUCGUGUAUUAUCAUUAUGGAUAUCAACUGCAGUAACAAUGGAUCGUUGGUUAUUAAUUUGUUAUCCAAUGUAUGGUAAAACAUUUUGUACAUUAUAUCGAGCAAAAUUUAUAUCACGAACAUUAUUUAUUAUAGCAUUUCUUUAUUCAAUUCCAUUAUUUUUUGAAUAUGAAGUUGUUCAAACACCAAAUUUUUAUCCAAUAAUUGAUUUAGAUAAUGAAUCUUUAUCAUUAUUAGAUAUAGAUAUUCAAAGAAAAAGUAUACUUAUUACAAAAGGUUAUAGUGAUUUAGCUAAACGAAGAAUUUAUCGUUGGGCUUAUUGUUUUUUUAAUGCUAUAUUUGUUUAUAUAUUACCAACAAUAACAAUUGUUUGUUUUAAUUUACAAUUAAUUCGUACAUUACAUCAUGUUAAAUCUCGUACAAAACUAUUAAAAAAACAUUAUACAAUUAAAACAAAUCAUCAUCAACGUUCAUUUCGAUCAAAAUAUUCAGUAACAAUUAUUGUUAUUGCUAUGGUAUUAACAUUACUUAUAUGUCGAAGUCCAACAAUAGUUAUUUGGAUAUUAUGGUCAUUUGAAUUUACAAUAAAAAUUUUUUUUGAUUCAUCAUCAAGUUCAAGUAUAAGACGUUUUCAUACUAUUGCAAAUUUAAUUGCAAUUAUAAAUGCAGCAACAAAUUUUUUACCAUUUUGUGUAUUUGGACAAUUAUUUCGUAUUGAAUGUUUAAAUAUAUAUUGUUGUCGAACAAUAUCAAAUGAACAAAUAUUACAACAAACAAGAAAAAAAUACAACGAAAAUCAUAUAUAUAUAACAAAUAAUCAAAGAUUAAUAAAAGAAAAUGAUAAUAAUCAACAACGAAAUAUAAUUAUAAAUGAUAAUUUACGAAAUAAUUUUAUAUUAAAUUCUGAAACAACAUCUUCACCAAUACAUUCAACAUCAUUUAAUUCUUCAACAAAUGUUAUAAGAUUAUGUGAUUCACCAUUUCAUUUUUCUAAUUAUGGACAACAAUAUCCAAAAACACCAUCAGUAACAACACCAUUAUUACAAGAAACAAUUGGUCUUUAA